AAUAAUAAUCCAACGACCAAAUCCAGAGGAGAAACGAACCAUUUGAUCGCAAUGGAAGCGGGAACUUUCCUCCACCUCCAUGCCAUUCCCUGGAACCCCAAACGCAAAGCUUCACUCCCCAAUUUCCGUCGCUUCGUUAGGGCUUCUUCAAAUUCGCAGGCACGCUAUAGAGGACCAAAGCCCUACAGAAAUCUGGUCGCAGAUUGGGUAUCCAACAAUGACGACACCGUACGAACCUUCCCAAUAUUCGUCGGAGGAGCUUCUCUCUUGGCUGUGCUCUUCAAUCGCGCCGCUUCUGGUAUAGCUCCAGUUGCCGAUGCUAGUAGUUCACAGUCCAGAGCUGAUUUAUUGACACUUGGAUUGGCUGUGACCAAUAUAUUAACGGGCCUGGUAUGGCUCACAAUAAGGCCAAAGUCAAUAUCUCCGGUAAAUCCUCAAGGUGUAGAGUGUCGAAUUAUAUCUUCCUCCCUCCCUGACGUUGUGGUUUCUGAGUUAUUAUGGGUAUGGGAAUCCCUGUCAGCUGUUACUUGCUGCAGAUCUCUAGUUGCUGUUUAUGAUAGCAUUUGUAUCCUACAAAUUGGUAUGGCAGCUGAAUCUCCAAAUGACGGUGAAGCACUGCCUGUGGAUGCUGCCAAAUUGAUGCAAGGAUCGCUUUUUCAAGGUGUUAUGAAGUCUGGAGCUCAGAGCUAUUUGGCAAACCUAUCUCUCUAUCCUGGAAGGUCUGAGCUGCCAUUUUUUCCUAAAAAUACACAGGCAGUUAUUUUGCAACCACUUGGAGAUAGAGGAAUUGUGAUAAUUGGUGGUGACACAAUUAGGGGUUUCACAACUUCUGACCAGGUGCUCCUUUUCAUAUCUUUAUCCGUAUCUGAACUCCUGGAAACAUCUAUUUCAUGCUUCCAUUUUCUUUCUGCUGAUUUUAAUGUCUCUCAUGUCCCAAAUGGAUUACCUGCUAGGGGAGUUAAAAAAAAGUCAGAUAAACCUGUCUGACCUUACCAACAUCAAUUUAACUGACCUAGAUUUAUCAAUAUCACUGCAAAAUCUAUUGGGUUGGCUUAAUCUUGUAGGAAUACUAUCAGCUCCAUCAGGUCAGGUUCAGUUUUUACUUUGGUGAUGGUAUCGUUUGUAAUCUGACUCAUAAUUUUAGAAGCACAGCUUGGCUUUCCCACAUCACUUUGCUUCUUGGAUAUGUGAUUUUUUUCUAGGACUUUUUGAUGUUGAUGGACUUUUUGUUGAUGUCACUCACGUCAGUAUUGUUGCUGUUGUUCUCCUUCUAGGGAUUAUAUGGUUUACAAGGAGCAGUGUUUGGCUGGGCACCAUAAUGGUUGCGUUCUUGGAAAAUGGGAAGUCUGUGGCCUGGAAUAGGAGAUAUUAUUGGCCCUACUUUAAUUGGGCAUAUUAAAGCUAAAAUGAAUAUAAAUUUUUAAUGGAGAGCUGUAACUGCAGUUAGCUGCUCAAUCUUGAUAGGAAGAUGCCACUGGACAUUUAAAUUGAUCCAACCUAACAAGUGAACUGAUGACAAUCUAUUCAGAUUGGCAAAGAAAUAUUGAGUCCGGUCUACAUAUUUCAUAACCAGAUUGAAGCUCAGUUCAGGCUAAGACCCAACCAAAACUGACUUAAAUCUUUUUACACCCCUUAUUACCAACAUUCUAAUUGGUCAUGCCUUUUUUUUUUCUCCAUUUAUCUGCAACUCGGAUUUAGAUUUAAUUUUAUUUUCUGUUCUUUUUGAAUGUUCUCUCUUAUCUGCAGGCAUGGAUUACAUUUAUUGGAGAGAAAAUUGAUGCUACACUAGGAAAAUACGUGAUCAACAAUCCAUUGGCAGUUCAAGAUAGAGUUUGAAACUACAUACUUUCACGAUUUUUGAACUUAAAUGGGCAUUAUAUUUACUGUAUCCUUUAUUCAAGGCUUCCCAUGCAGCAGUUUGUGUUGAGGCUGGGGGCAAACUUACGAAGAUUCAACAUCACAGUGCCACCUGAUCUUCAAUUUGAUUAUCCAUCGGUUGAAUAUUUUGGAUUCUUACUUUCUUGGAGAUCAUAGUUACCAUCAUAUGGCAUUUCCCAUUUUUGCAUGAAUAUUACAAGGAAUUGACGGUAUGUGGUUAAUGAUGUAAAGAAUAGGCAUUCAGAUGAUUUUUAAUAUUUAUCUAAUCUUCCCUCUUUCA